UCCCAGCGGCAGGGAAGCGGCGUCAGUUGACAAGCAUCAGCUGAGCCGACCAGACGGGGUACAGCGAGGCGCUCUUGACCCUUUCCCGCCUUCCGAGCUUUCGAGUCAGUGUGCCGGCCGUGCGUUCCGCCACGCUCUCCGCGACCCUCUGCCUCCCAUCACUCGGGGGUUGACGGGGCGAAGCCAAGACCCCUCCGCCUUGCUUCGCGCUUCGCGCUGCUUGCGCCGCAGCCCACCCCUUCUAGACAGCAACACAACACCAUGGUCGUCGGUCCGCAGCAGCCACCCGCCACUCGGCCGGACGAGCCGCGGUGCGUGGCGGUCAUCGGCGGCGGCGCCGCGGGGCUGUGCGCCGCCAGGCACCUCUCUGCCGCCGGCGUGCCCUGCACCGUGUUCGAGCAGACCGGCAACGUGGGCGGCACCUGGGUCUACAACGAGCGCGUGGGCCUGGACCAGUUCGGGCUGCCCGUGCACUCCAGCAUGUACCGGAACCUCAGAAUAAACAUCCCCAAGCACAUCAUGUGCUACCCCGACUUCCCGUUCAAGAAGGACGGCCGGUCCUACGCCUCCCACCAGGAGAUCCGCGACUACCUCAAGACGUACGCCCAGCACUUCGACCUGCUCAGGUACAUCCAGUUCUUCUCGCACGUCAAGAGGGUGGCGCCGCAGGGCAACAAGUGGAGCGUCAUCGUGGAGGAGCUCAAGACGGGCCUCGUCUGCGAGCACAUCUUCGACGCCGUCCUCGUGUGUAAUGGACACUACUCCGUGCCCUCGGUGCCGACGCUCCCCAACAUGAGCCUGUACGGCGGCUUCAGCAUGCACAGCCACGACUACAGGGAACCGAACCGCUUCGCCGGCAUGGACGUGGUGGUGCUGGGCGCCAACGCCUCCGGGAUGGACGUCGCCGUCGAGGUGUCCAAGGUGGCCAACACCGUGUACCUGAGCCACAACCAGGACCGCAUCCCCUCCCGGCUGCCCGAGAACGUGCAGGAGGUGCGGGGCGUCAAGGAGGCCACGUCUGACGGCUUCGUCUUCCUGGACGGCACCUCAGUCCGCGCCGACGCCAUCAUCUUCGCCACAGGCUACGAGUUCUCGUUCCCGUUCCUCUCGCCCGAGUGCGGCAUCCGGACGGACAACAACCGGGUGACGCCGCUGUACAAGCACCUGCUGCACCGGGACCGCCCCACCCUGGCGCUCGUCGGCAUCCCCUACACCACGGUGCCCUUCAUUAUCUUCCACUACCAGAUCCGCUACUUCCUGGCCACCUUCCUGGGCAGAGUGCCGCUCCCCUCGAAGGAGGUCAUGGACCGCGAGACGGAGGAGGACCUCAAGAAGCACCUGGAGCUGUUCCCCGCGCGGCACACGCACAAGAUGGCCGAGCUGCAGUGGCCCUACCUGCGCGACCUGGCGGCGGCCGGCCAGUUCGAGGACGACAUGCUGCCCGUGGUGCGCGCCGUGUACGACGCCGUGGAGGACGACCGCAAGCACCGCCUGCUCGUGUACCGCAGCGUGGAGUACACCGUCACGGGGCCGGACUCGUACGAGCGCGUCAUGCCGGUCAACGGCGUGAACGGUGUCAACGGCGUCAACGGCGUGAACGGCGUGAACGGCGUGCACCAGCAUAAGUAGCCCGCCGACCGGCGGUCUAUCUCUCUCGCACCCACACGGGACGCCCCGUGAGUGCGAGAGAGAGGGCCCCCGCGGAAUGAGUCUGCUGGCCGAGCCCGCCGCCGUGGCCCGCCUGCCUCUGCACUGCAGUCCGGCGACUGGACUGACAUUCUCGGCCGAACUUCGCGGAGUUUCGGGUUCUGGAUUUCGGUCCGCGGCGGCGGCACCCGCUGCUUCGGCUUGGCCGUGCUGCUUCGGCCGCCACGGCCCGGAGGACCAGCAAACCAGUGUACCGGUGACUACGAAAGGAAAUGAUGGCAAGUCUUCGUAGCAAGGCGUGUACUAUAAUUUAAAAAAAAAAAAAAAUGGAAUCGCGCCCAGCGAUUUGGGGAGAAGCUUCAUGCUGACGAACGUUUCAAGCUUUGUGAUAUCUAGCUCAGUAGGGAUCUACCAUCCCAAAACAUUAAUGUACGUUGUAAAUACUUAGUUUAUUAUGUAAGAAAAUAUACAAUAAAGUUAUCUUCAACUUCAA